GUAACCACACUAUUGCCAUAAUAAAAGGUCAUGAGUCGUACGAGUUGCUCAAAAGUUCUUGCUCAACCAUAUUUGAGCAAGUCAACAAAUUGGUCAAAGAUAAAAGCAUAGAAGUAAAUGGCAUCAGCAUUCCAGUGGAACUUUAUCUUGGAGGAGAUUAUAAGGUACAGUGUAUUACAUAAUGUAAAUAUUUCCACAAACCUGCAUAAUUAUAUGCUGCUCAGCAUGAUAUAACAUUACUAAUUAAACAAUACUGUUGAGGUAUAAUAUAUCCGAGAAAUUAAGAAAAUUAAAAUUGUUGCAUUUUUUUAAAUUUAGUUUUUGCUUCUUAUGAUGGGGAUGAAGGGUGCGACAUCUGACUAUGCAUGCAUAUGGUGCAAAGUUCAUAAGAAAGACAGGUAUGUUAAGAUUCUUUUCCUGGGGGCAUUGUAAUUGACUUGAUGCACCAGUCCUGAUUUCAGGUCAAAAAUGACCAAAACCAGCUGACUAUGAACUGGAAAAUCAUAUGUCCAAAUGAGCCUAUACUUUAGUAUUUUACUAUGUUUAAUGCCAGACGAUUUUAUGUGUCAAUGGAAGAUUACUGCUAGUGAAUGAGUAAUAAUAUUAAUACCCAAGUUUAUUAACUCUAUUUUGUAAUUUUUCAUAGACUCAGACAACUGUUUUCGUUUUUCAAGUAGUUCUACUAUUACCAAAAUGGCAAAACCGCGAUUCUUUGUCUCACAUGAAAAAAAUGUGUCAUGUUUUUGCAUCAAAACAUUCAUGAAUGGAAUCGGCAUUGUGGGAGUAGAAACAUUUGAUUGGUCAAGGCAACAGGUAUGCAGUUGCAUUCCUAAAUGUUUUGACACGAAAACAUGACAUGUUUUUCAAGGUAGACGAAGGAUCCACAGUUUUCGUAAUAAUAUGUUUACCACAAUAAUAUUAAUUUUUGUGGGCAGAAACUAGAAUGGCAAUUUUUCUUUUAGCAACUAUUCUUGUAUCCAAUUUCCCCUGAUGGCGGGUGGUCCCGAAAUAUAAAUUAUACCUAUCUCUUUGUCUUCUCAGUCCUAAUAUAUAAAAACCAUUUACCUGAUUGAGAGUGUGAUUGGGUGUGUGAUUGGGUGUGUGGCUACUGUUAGGGGAGGUUAUUGUCUAACUUUUUAAACUUUUAGAUGUGAUGUAUCAAAACACCAAGAUUUUUAUUGGGAAAAUUUGACACGAAGUAUUGAAGAUAUCUUUCAAUGUGCAUUAAAGAGAAAUUAUUCUUGUGAAUACAAGCCUCUUUUGAAUAUUCCUCUAUGCAAUGUGGUUUUGGAUGAGCUGCAUUUGAUGUUGCGUGUUACAGGUAAGAUCUCUGGUCUCUUGAAAAUGUCUUUUAUGCAAGGCAUGCGCUCUAUUGUGUAUGCAAUGAUAAAAUAACAAAUUUGAAGCAAACGAUUCCACAUUCAUGUGGGAUGCAAGUUGCCUGCCUACCUCCGAGGCUUUUAACUUUAUUAUUGGCUGUAGCAUGUUUGCCAACCUUGUAUAAAUGGAUACUAUACAUCAGACAGCAUAUGCAUGAAGGCAUUUUGUAGUAAGACAUUAAUUGUGUACACUAAAAACUUUAGGGAAAUAGCUUUAUACCAAUAUAAACAUAAAUUAAUUUGAAUAUUAUUUUAAUUUUGUAUAUAUUAUUUACUAUUACUCUUAUAGACAAGCUGACCAAGAAUCUGGUCAUAAAUGCCAUAGAGAAUGACAGGAGGGAAAAUUUGAAUAAAAGACCAAUGGACAGGUCCAACAAGAAUUUAGAUGCACUCAUUAAGUGCAUUAGAAGUUGUGGGAUAUCUUUUAAUGUCUGGGAGAAAGCUGAAGAAGAUUGCAGAGGUGGCCUGUAUGACUUUACAAGCCUGAUGGGUUCAGACAAGCGACUGCUCCUCAAGACUUUGCCAAGCAAGCUGGCGACCAUACUUCCAGAUAAUACAAGUGGGACAAUUGUUAGACUCUGGCAGGUAUUAAUUGGGACAUUGGCAUUAUUUUGGGGUCGACCAUGUACAUUUGUUUGUAUGAUUUAUUUGCUCUGUUAUAUUUUCUAGGAAUUUAAUGAAAUGUAUGAAAUGAUGGGUGUUCCAACUCCAACAGAUGAACAAAUAUGUAAAUACUUUGACAAGGUAUGUUCUGCUUUACCCUAUUAGCUAGCAGUACUCUCUCCACUAACAAGUAAAAUUGUCAGGUCACUCCAGUGUAGAACAGAGUAAAACACUAAAGUGCAGGAGAGCAUUUGGGUGUAUUGCUAGUUAGACACUGGCCGUACUCUUCCACCGAUGAGUAAAAUUGUCUGAUAGCCGAGUAAAAUACUAAAUUAGGUGCAUUCAACUGUAUUGGCUGUUAAUCAGACUCAUAGUUACAAAAUAUAAUUUAUUCAAUAAAGGUACAAUUCAGUUUGUUUAUCAUUUUAGGCUGUGAAUUGGGUUAAUUUGUUCCUGUCCAUGAAUGGAAAGAACUUGGGGUACGAGCCUGCAAGGAUCACCCCCUAUAUGCAUGCCAUGGUUUACCAUGUUCCCCGGUUCAUGCAAAAGCAUGAGGGGAUAAAGAAGUUUACUGGUCAAGGUACAUCAUUAAUUAAUUAAAUUAAUGAAACAAUAUUUGGAGCACUGUGUAUAUUAUGCAUAAACUUAAUUAUUUGAAAAUGCUUUUUAAAUUUGCUACUAGGCGUGGAAAAACUCAAUGAUGAUUGCAGGCGAGUCCACCUGCAAAGGUCGAAUAAAUGGGAUGCACCAAAAGAUGUCCUUCUUGUUGGCAAACGGGUCGAGCAUUUGUCUGACUGUGAACGACUAACACGGCCCUACCAGAAACGAAACACUGAUUACUGGGAUAACACAAUAAAGGAUAGCCGUUCAAAGCGACCCCGUGUAUCCACACAAAUUAAUGAAGAACCUGAAGUUGACCUAGAGUCAUUGACAGCCAGCCAAAUGAAACAAAAACUUAAAGAAUUAGGAAUUUUGACAAAACUCCGGAGGUUACAGAAAUUGAAGGAACUCCUUAGAGAAAGCUUACAAAAUAAGGAGAACCAACCAAACAAUAUUUAA